AGUAGAGCUAGAUUCUAGGCAUGCCUUGCCAUUAAUCAACCUUGUGACCUUGAGAAAGUCACUCAGCAUGCCUGGUCUCAAUUUCCCAGAUAAUUUGUAAAGUCUUUUUUGAAACCAUGACUAUGGCUGUAUAUAGGAAGUGCAGACAGGAUUGCUCUUUGCCUUAUGGCUUUAGAGGUAAUGUUGAGGAAUAAUUUACAGCUAAUAUGCAGAUAGCAUCCUAGGUGCUCACCACUUAAUGCAGUUCCCACACAACCAAAAGGUCUUUUAACAAAUCAUAUUCAUUGAAAAUGAUAGUCACCAUCUGGACAGUUCUUCUGGAGGUUACAGCUAAACUGGUUUGAAGAUGCUUUCUCUUCUUAAUAAUACCCUGUUGUGAUUGUCUUUUGCCAAGGUUCUGUGACUCCCCCACCAGUGACUUGGAAAUGCGCAAUGGUCGGGGUAGAGGCAAACGCAUGCGUCCCAACAGUAACACACCUGUCAACGAGACAACCACAGCCUCUGACAGCAAAGGGGCUGGCAGCAGCAGCAAAACCCGAGCAGGAGCCAAUAGCAAAGGUCGUCGAGGCAGCCAAAAUUCUUCAGAGCAUCGCCCGUCUGCCAGCAGUACCUCUGAGGAUGUCAAGGCCAGCCCUUCCUCAGCUAAUAAGCGGAAAAGCAAACCCCUUUCAGACAUGGAGCUAAAUUCUAGCUCAGAGGACUCCAAAGGGAGCAAGCGCGUUCGUACAAAUUCCAUGGGCUCAGCCACUGGCCCCCUCCCUGGGACCAAGGUAGAAGCCACUGUUUUGGACAGAAAUUGUCCCUCCCCAGUCCUGAUUGACUGUCCCCACCCAAACUGCAACAAGAAAUACAAGCACAUCAAUGGACUUAAAUAUCACCAAGCUCAUGCCCAUACAGAUGAUGACAGCAAGCCAGAAGCGGAUGGAGACAGUGAGUAUGGAGAGGAGCCCGCUCUCCAUGCAGAUCUUGGGAGCUGCAAUGGUGCAUCUGUCUCACAAAAAGGUUCCUUGUCCCCUGCCCGUUCAGCUACUCCCAAAGUUCGGCUCAUAGAGCCUCAUAGCCCUUCUCCUUCAAGCAAAUUCAGCACAAAAGGUCUCUGUAAGAAAAAAUUGAGUGGGGAAGGGGACACAGACCUUGGGGCCUUAUCCAAUGAUGGCUCUGAUGAUGGACCCUCAGUAAUGGAUGAAACAAGCAAUGAUGCCUUUGAUUCUUUGGAAAGAAAGUGUAUGGAAAAAGAAAAAUGUAAAAAACCCUCUAGUUUGAAACCUGAAAAAAUUCCUUCCAAGAGCUUGAAGUCAGCUCGGCCCAUUGCCCCUGCCAUCCCCCCGCAGCAAAUCUAUACCUUCCAGACAGCCACUUUCACAGCAGCAAGCCCAGGCUCCUCCUCAGGCUUGACCACCACAGUGGUCCAAGCCAUGCCCAACAGUCCCCAGCUCAAGCCCAUUCAGCCCAAACCCACUGUUAUGGGAGAACCUUUCACAGUCAACCCUGCCUUGACUCCUGCCAAGGACAAGAAAAAGAAAGACAAAAAAAAGAAGGAAUCUUCAAAGGAACUUGAAAAUCCUCUGACCCCUGGGAAGGUAUGUCGAGCAGAAGAAGGCAAAAGCCCAUUCAGGGAAUCAUCAGGAGAUGGGAUAAAAAUGGAGGGGCUCCUAAAUGGCUCAUCAGACCCUCACCAAAGCCGACUGGCUAGCAUCAAGGCUGAAGCUGACAAGAUCUACAGCUUCACGGACAAUGCCCCCAGCCCUUCAAUAGGAGGCAGUAGCCGCCUAGAUAGCACUACCCCUACCCAGCCCCUGACUCCCUUACAUGUAGUGACCCAGAACGGAGCUGAAGCCAGCUCGGUCAAAACUAAUAGCCCUGCGUACUCCGAUAUCUCUGACGCUGGGGAGGAUGGGGAGGGCAAGGUAGACAGUGUCAAAUCGAAGGACCCUGAACAGUUGGUUAAGGAAGGGGCUAAGAAAACUCUUUUCCCCCCUCAGCCGCAGAGCAAAGAUUCACCAUAUUACCAAGGCUUUGAGAAUUACUACUCUCCAAGUUAUGCACAGUCCAGCCCAGGGGCUCUGAACCCCAGCAGCCAGGCAGGAGUGGAGAGUCAGGCCCUGAAGACAAAAAAGGAUGAGGAGCCGGAGAGCAUAGAGGGGAGAGUGAAGAACGAUGUCUGUGAGGAAAAGAAAGCCGAGCUGAGCAGUUCCAGUCAGCAGCCCUCUGUCAUCCAGCAGCGUCCCAGCAUGUACAUGCAGUCCCUGUACUACAACCAGUAUGCCUACGUGCCCCCUUAUGGCUACAGCGACCAAAGUUACCACACCCACCUCCUGAGCACUAACACGGCAUACCGGCAGCAGUAUGAAGAACAGCAGAAGCGGCAGAGCUUGGAGCAGCAGCAGCGAGGACUGGACAAGAAGGCAGAGAUGGGCCUGAAGGAGCGGGAGGCAGCACUCAAGGAAGAGUGGAAACAAAAGCCGUCAAUUCCACCAACUCUUACCAAGGCCCCCAGCCUGACAGACCUGGUGAAGUCAGGACCCGGCAAGGCCAAGGAGCCAGGGGUGGACCCUGCCAAAUCAGUCAUCAUUCCCAAGUUAGAUGACUCCUCAAAGCUCCCCAGCCAGGCCCCUGAAGGCCUUAAAGUGAAGCUGAGCGAGGCCAGCCACCUAGGCAAGGAGGCUUCUGAGGCUAAGUCAGGCACUGAGUGCAGCCGACAGGCAGAGGUGGAUCCAAUACUCUGGUACCGACAGGAGGCAGAGCCCCGGAUGUGGACAUAUGUUUAUCCUGCCAAGUACUCAGACAUCAAGUCAGAGGAUGAGCGGUGGAAAGAGGAGCGGGACCGCAAAUUGAAGGAGGAAAGGAGCCGGAGUAAGGACUCUGUCCCCAAGGAGGAUGGGAAGGAAAGCACAAGCAGUGACUGCAAGCUGCCCACAUCUGAAGAGUCCCGCCUUGGGAGCAAGGAGCCCCGACCAAGCGUCCAUGUGCCUGUGUCCUCCCCCCUCACCCAGCACCAGUCCUACAUCCCCUACAUGCAUGGCUACUCCUACAGCCAGUCCUAUGACCCCAACCACCCCAGCUACCGGGGCAUGCCUGCUGUGAUGAUGCAGAACUACCCAGGUUCCUAUUUGCCUUCCAGCUACUCCUUCUCCCCAUAUGGCAGCAAGGUCUCAGGUGGUGAAGAUGCCGACAAGGCACGAGCCAGCCCCAGUGUCAGUUGCAAAUCCAGCUCAGAGUCCAAAGCCCUGGACAUCUUGCAGCAGCAUGCCAGUCACUACAAGAGCAAGUCUCCAACGAUAAGUGAUAAAACUUCUCAGGAGAGAGAUCGGGGAGGCUGUGGGGUAGUUGGGGGUGGUGGCAGCUGUAGCAGCGUCGGGGGAGCAGGUGGAGGUGAACGGAGUGUCGACCGGCCUCGCACCUCCCCUUCUCAGCGUCUGAUGUCCACACACCACCACCACCACCACUUGGGGUACUCAUUGCUCCCAGCACAGUACAACUUACCAUAUGCAGCAGGGCUUUCUUCUACAGCCAUUGUUGCCAGCCAGCAAGGCUCCACUCCAUCACUCUACCCACCCCCCAGGAGGUGAGAAUGAAUACCAAGUGCCCGGAUAAAGUCAGCUCCACGGGCCCGGACUGGCUCACCCGAGGAGGUGCUGGAGGUGCCAAUCAGACAUCAGUUAAAUGGUGUUGAUCAUCCUGUUUGCCAUUCCUACCAUGACCGAAGGCAGACCCUUGGCUAUCUCACCUCCACCAGACUCCUGGACUCCCCAACCCUCCCUCUUCCUCAGGAGCUGGAGAGCUGGUACUUAGCAAAAAUAUUUAUUCUUUCGGCCACAAUCAUGAUUGUUGUGGCCUCUGUGGAGAGGAAGGCACAGGGAGCAACCAGGGGAACAUGGCCUCAGCCCAGAGAAGUCACUGCUCUGUUCCCCAAGCCCCUGGUCUGCUGCUGGAGCAGUACCAACCCCCCACCGAGGAGGGACCCCCAAGCACUGGGUAAGGUCUGAAGACAGCACAGCAGCCAUACCCCUCUCACCAUCAUUACCACCAUCACCAGAUCCUACAUCUCCCCAGUGGUUUGGGCCCUGGGAAUUGGCAGCAUGUGGAGGAAUUAGAAUCUCAGGAAAGAAAUUGGGGCUGUUUUCUCUGUUAUUGUGAAAACAAGGUCUUCAAACAUGGAGACUUCUCCCCUCUUACAUGAGCACAUAUAAAUGCUCAGAGCCUAGCCUGGAAAGGAAGACCAAGACAUUUGCCCCACCACAGCCUUGAGCUACCUGUCAGGCAGAGGGCAGGGUUCCAACACCAGCAUAGGGUUCCCCAGGGAUACUGGGAGGAAGCUGGAGCUGGAGCAUGAAUGGAGUCAAUGAAGUGGAACCUGCAUCCCCACUAAGUCCUGCUGCUUCUUAUCCCCCAACUCCUUGACCUUUUCUCUUCCUUCUGACCCCUUGGUGCCUUUCCCGAGGGGUUCCCCACACUGAUCUUGCAUCUUUUUCUCCACUGCUUGGCUCUUCAGACUCAGGCAGAUAAAAUGGUAUUCCACCCCCAGCAUGGGGAACCUAGGAGUCUGCCAGGUCAUCCCUAGGGUAAGGCCCAGAAGACAGGCCCUUGGAGCACCCAGCAGUUCCUGCAGAUGUCCUGUCCAUUCAGCCAUCUAUCUUCCUUAUUUAGGGCCAUAAAUAUAUACAUCCCAACUCCUCUGUCUACAAGUACACGAUUUUAUAUAGCUCAAUCUAUAACCUCCAUGUGUGCCAAUAUAAGCCGUGUUUCUUUGUAACACACGUUUUUGUUUUAGGGGUCACUGUCCAUGGGAGGUUAUUUAGACCCUGGGGUAACACAUCCAAGCCAUUACUCAUUGGAGCCACAGAGUGUACUGAGUGGAGCUCUGCUUAGGGGCAGCAGACACUUCUCUGCUCUCCUUAAAAAUGCAGUCUCCCAGUCCAAGCUUUAUGCUCUUUGCACUGGGAAAGUGAUGAUUCGGUAGCUUUAUUGGAGUCACUUCUUCCCCAAGGUGUGGGGAGCUUUAGGUAUCACCGCUUUGUUCUCCUCCCAUCCUAUCUUUCCUUGACCUUCUGGACUGAGACAGAGAAAGACUCACAGAUACCAGCCUAGGCUAGAGAUGGGUGUUUGUGACCAGAGUGCCAAAAGUGACAAUUUAAGACCAGGAACGUGGUUCUGACUCAGUUUGGAGAACGGGGAGGUGGGGGGCAGUAAGCACAAUGCCCAGGAGAGGUUGGUCUCAAGAAUCCUGGAGCUUAUGAUAGACUUAGGGUCAUCUGCCGACGAGGAACCCCUCUGACCUACAGACCCUUCCCCUAGGUUUCUAUGUCCCAACCUCAAGUUGGUUUCUGAGCCUUCCCAAAAAACUCAUUGUUUUAGACCUCUUGGUAGGUCCCCAAGCAGCCUCCUCCCUACACCCAUCAUUCCCUCUGCCUUCUGCUGCUCCAGGGGGCAGUGCUCUGAGCAGUGACUUCCCUUCCAUCCAUGGAAGUAGCUGGUGUGCACACUUUCACCCCACCUGACCUGAGUCACCCCUACCAAGAGGGUGACUGAAUUUGAACCUGAUUAUGUCCUCCAAGGCUCCUGUGGGGUGGAGCCAAGGGCACAUCUCUGUUCCUGUUUGUUUUUAAAUAUUGUUGUGUGUUUUGUAUCUGUGGCGCUGACCUACAGCGGGCUGUGUACAUAUUGUAAAGAAACCAUUUGGAAUAAUUUGUUUCCUCAUCGGGCAGGCAUGACCAACAUUCCUGCCCUUUCCACUUUGUUCUGUAACUCAGAGAGGAGGAACUUCUGAAUUAGAAGGGCAGCCUUGGAUUCUGCAGAAGGGAACAGUUUUUUCUUUUUUUCUUAAAAAACAUUUGGCUUUUUCAUCCUUAUAUCCAUGUCUCGAAGAGUAGGACCUGCCCAGAAGAGCAGGUGAAAGCAACAGUGGCAGAAUGGCACUGCCUUCCCCUGGUGCCUGAUACUCCUGAUCCCUGAUCCUUGCUGGGUCCAAUUCUCCCUCCCUGAAAUAACAUGAAGCAGCAGCACCUUUGGAGAUCCUUGACAAGUGCUGAUUGAAAAAUUCGCUGGCACCUCCAGCCUCUCUACAUGGGAAAGAGUAUCAGGUGGGGGCAACCUGUGGCCCCCCCCCGACCUAGUCAGAGGGAUAAGACCUCAACAAGGAUCCCCACCCCACCCCACCUCAUAAGCAAAGGCUGGAAAAGUUUGCUACUAAGGGCCCAGACCGCCAGACCAAAACUCUCUGAGCCACCCCUGCCUGGGCCCUCAUAAGCAUCGCUCGUUGGGCUCCCUGUAGAGAAGCUAAAGGGAAAGAGCCUCAUCCCCAGGUAGGACAGUCAUGGCUUAGAGAGCUACUCUUGAAGAUUCACAUCUGCUUCUCUCAUUUAAGGUGUGCCAGUUCCCUUUAUCCCCUUUCCCUGCCUUGUACAUGUAUGUAUACAUGUAUGAAAUUUCUUUCUCUUACCCGCUCUCUCCAUGAAUCUCAAGGUCAAAAGAACCACAUGCAGAAGGGUAAGAGAGCACUCUAUGAAAUGAAGUGGUGAUUUCUUGAAUUUCUUCUCUCCAGGCUCCAAGGUGGGAGGGGAGGGCUUAGCUUAGGGAGUUGGGGGUUAAGAUCUGCAGAAGGGCUAGAGAAUUGUAUACAGGCUUGGAGGCCAUCCAUGUCACUUAUUAUCCCAUAUACCCUAUCACCAUCCCAGUGUCUACUCUGAUGCCCCCAAGAUUCAACUGGGCAGCUAGUUGGCCCCAUAAUUCUGGGCCUUUGUCAUUUAUUACUAGGGCAUCCCAGUAAACUUUCCAAUCAUUCCCUGCCAUGAGCCCUUCCUAGGAUCAAGCCCCUCCCAGGCCCUGUCCCCAGCCCCUCCUGCCCCAGCCCACCCGCUUGCCUUGGUGCUCAGCCCCCCCGUUGGGAGCAGGUUGGGGCGAGCUGGAGGCCCGGGCUGGAGGGGCAGUGUUGCUGUUCAUAGCUUUUGUUCCAUUGGAGUUGCUCUGUUGAAUUUAAUUUCAGUCUUCCUGAUUCUUCCCUUCUGUAAAGUGUACAUUACCAAUUUCCUUGUUUUUUUAUAUAUAUAUAUAAAUAUAUAUAUAUACAAACUGUACUCUUUUUGCCUUUGUACAUUCAGGCAAGAAGAGAAAAUAAAUCUUUUUAAGAGACAAUCACAAAUCUGUGAGGGCUGCUGAUUAUUUCUUCUGGAGUUUGCUGCUGAGCUGCCUCCUCCUUCCUCCCAACUUUUCUCUUCUCCCUCAGCUUUCCUGAUUUUCCUCGUCCUGCUCCAUAUGCAUCCUCAGCUUCACCUUCCCUGGCUGAUGGCAAGCUGUUGAAUCCGGUGUCCAGAUUACCUGCCCUGUAGUCCUUUACUGCCCAGUGUUGUUUUCUGGCUCGGCCACUGGCUUAGCUCAGGAGUUUUAUCCUGUGCCCUGGCCUCUCCUCUCUUCACCCUUAGAUCCCAUUCACCAAAGUGGCUUUGGACCCCUGGGUACUCUGGGACCUAUCUCCCGGAGGCCCUGGUAUUGGACACUCACCUGUGAAACUAUGCAGCUGGGAGCUCUGUGCCUAAGCGUUUGCACUAUUUAAACCUGCCUGGGAGUUAGGACAGAUGGCUUUUAGGAAUGAGUAGAAAACUAUCCCCAACCUUCCCCCCGACAUUCCAGCCUCCAAGGUGCUCUGAUCCGGAGCGCAGAGGAUCAUUCCUGGCUGGUAGACUCCUGUGGUUACCCCAUCAGAACAAGGGCUAAGGGUUUAUGGGUCAAGAACAUUUAAUUGUAAUUCAAAACAUAGUACAUUCUGAAACACAACCCAACCAGACCAUUGUUUGGCUUCUCUCUCUUUUCCUCUUCUUUCCUCCUCCCCUUUUUUCCCCUUUCUUUCUACUUCCUCUUCUUAAUAGGCUUUGGAACUGAAAUAUAUUUUUAAAUUAUUUGUUGUAUUUAUUGAAUAAAGUUUUUAAAUGUC